AACUGAGUCAGUAGAGCAGAGCUGUCGUAUUCGCUUGCUCCUUGGGUCAAAACGACCCCAACUGCGCAUCGCGACCGGGUAGAAGCUUGUGCGAAUAUACAUAGCCAACAAAUAGAGAAACCUAGAAUACCCGAUGAUGAUGUGCCACAAUCUGCGAGAGGAUUAAUACUGACUUGAAGAAAUCGUGGUACAUACGACAAGACAAGACCCUGGAUUCCCCUCGGAAAAACUGCUGUUGUCCUCUUUCUCAGUUCUCAGCCAGUGCAAACAUUAAUUUUUUUGCAAUACCCGGAAUUUUCUGAAUCUGUGUCACAAAAGUGGUGAGCUCUGUGUCUCUGUCCGAGUGGGAUAUCCUCAGGAAAAAGGGUUCGACUGUCAUCCAAUUCUUUAAGCAGAAUCUGUGCAUACAAGAACUUGUGACCGUUCGAGAAACGAAAGCUAAUUAAAAAACAUUGCUAUAAUCGUCUUGUUACACGAUUGGGGAUUUGUUGCCAAAACCGGUUUUAGUAAUUGCAGCCUGCAUUUGACGCAACUUUGUCAAGGACGCUAAAUUAAAAAUAACCUUCAACUUCAUGUACACGAACGAUAUCAAAUAGUAGAAUUGUAAUAGUAUUACGUUACAUUUUAAGAUAUCAUAAAUUCUAGUCACACAUUCCUCUCGAUUUUGAAAUCCUUGUUUUUAAAUUCGCCAUCAAUGGCCGGAUUUCGGUUCGUUUUUGGAAAAAACUUGCUAUUUGAUCCAAAAUUUAAUUCGACACGAAAUCUAAAUCUGACCUUGCUCGGUCUCAACCAUUCCUCACCCUACGCGACUACAACCAAAAGUUCACCACUUCUUUGCACCGCGAAUGGAGUCACUAAGCAUAGUUUUCUUGUACGAAAUGCAUCCACAACGACGACGACAACACCACCACCGGUCCUUGCGGGGACUGGAGUUGGAGAUAAGCCUCAGCAAGAACCUUACAAAAUGAAAAUUCGGGAUACGCUCGACUUGACCUUCAGCGAUGCGAGACAGGCGUACAGGUCAAAAUCCACAUGGGAAAUCCUCCGAGCCUACAUUGUCUUUAAGCUUUGUUCCAUCAAUUACCUGGUUGAACACAAUGAUAAGUUGAUGAAGCUGGGACAGAAAGUGCUUGGAAAAACUAUAUUCGAAAAGAUGAUGGAAGCAACGUUUUAUGGCCAUUUUGUCGCUGGACCGGAUCAAAUUGCCAUUCAGCCAAGAAUCCAGCACUUGAGAGAGCAUGGAGUCAAGGCCAUUUUGGAUUAUUCCGUGGAGGAAGAUAUUUCAGAUGAGGAAGCCAAGAAAUCUGAUUCAGUAUCUAGUCAAAAAGUUGGUGGUAGCAAGGGAAGUUCUGAUCAAAGUGAUGGAACAGUAGAAUAUACAAAGUAUCAAGAGGGAACCAGCAACAGGCGAAUGAAGGCUGCUGCACGAACGUAUUUUUAUAUGAACGAAGCCCAGUGUGAACGCAACAUGGAAACAUUUCUUCAAUCCAUUGAAGCAGUUUCAGGAGCCACAAAAGGUGCUGGGUUUGCUGCAAUAAAGGUCACAGCGCUUGGAAGGCCGCAAUUAUUGCUCCAACUCUCCGAAGCAAUUGCACGAGUCCAUCGAUACGUGGGGACUUUCACCGGGAAGAGAGGCGUAGUUAUGGAGCAGAACGUUAAAGUCGAGGACAUCAAGCGUCGCCUGGAGCGUGCAUCUAAAUCUGACCCCACGGUGGAGUCUUGGCUGAAUAACAUGACCUACGACAAAAGCGGUCUAAUCCACGUUUUGCCCUGGCAAGGGGUCGUCGAAGCACAACAGACGUUGAAGGAAGCCCUCAAGGUUCCUGACGUGUCGACCGGAAAAAUGGAAAGUCUCGUCCCUCCCUUGAGUGACCACGAGGAAGAAAUGUUCAAAAACAUGAUGAGAAGGCUUCAUACCAUUUUCAAAACUGCGAAGAAAUUAGACGUGCGAGUUAUGGUUGAUGCUGAACAAAGUUACUUUCAGCCCGCAAUUUCUCGCCUGGCUAUGGAAAUGAGUCGUAUUUAUAACACGGAAAAAGCAAUAGUGUUCAAUACUUAUCAAUGCUAUUUGAAGGAGGCUCAUCAUAACUUGUCUGCUGAUUUGGACCAAGCAGAGCGUCAAAAUUUCUUCUUUGGGGCUAAACUGGUCAGGGGUGCGUAUAUGGAACAGGAACGUCAACGAGCCGCUGAAAUGGGAUACGAAGAUCCAAUCAAUCCAAAUUUUGAAGCCACGACUGAAAUGUACCAAAGAAAUGUCAAUGAAGCCAUGACAAGGAUUAAACGCAUGAAGGAAAUCGGAGACCCAAAGAAGAUUUGUAUCAUGAUGGCCACUCAUAACGAGGAUACUGUUCGUUUCGUGAUUAAAAAUAUGAAAGAAUAUGGAAUCAAGCGAUCUGAUCGACUAAUUUGCUUCGGACAAUUGUAUGGAAUGUGCGAUCAAGUGUCAUUUCCAUUGGGGCAAUCGGGGUACUCGGUUUACAAAUAUGUUCCCUACGGACCAGUGACUGAGGUUCUGCCCUAUUUGUCUCGCCGUGCUCAAGAGAAUCGUGGCUUCCUCAAGAAAAUAAAGAAGGAAACUACUCUGUUACGAAAGGAAUUCGCCAGGCGUUUAAUGAAAGGUCAACUGUUUUAUCGUCCGAAAGGCCACUACGAACCCUUGUAAUUGUAAUAUCUCAAUCCCCGAGAUCUGAUAUUUAUAUAACAACUAAUAUUUAUAUAGAAAUUUGUGCAGACAAUCCGAAUGUCUCUCCUUAAAUUGAUACUCAAUUUUCUCGUGUCACGAUAUGCCAUCUACUUUAAUUAGUAGCGUAUCAUACGUACAUAUUUACUAUUUAGAUUGUUUACUUUGUUCAGAUUUCAAAAAAUUUGAACUAUUGGACUGUCCUCACAUAGUAAAUAUUUCUCGUAGCAGUAUUGCUUUAGUCGUGUGGCAUGACGGUAAUAUUCAACGGCCAUUUUUAGCUGUCCAAUUUUUAAUUCUCAAAUUUCUUUUAUUCUCAAACCUUUUUUAAAAUUUUAAACCCUGGAGACAAGUCCAAAUCAUUUUAAGCAUUUCUCACCGUGGAGUUGAGUUAUCCUUUUUAAUUCAUUUCUGCUGUGCCGUGGAUUUUAACUGAAAUCUGUUCCACAUUGCAACAAUAAUGUCAGACUAUAAUUAAUUUAAUGAUGUACAUCGUAACAAGUAUCUGCGGAAUUAUUACUAGAUAUGUAAUUAGUUGGAGUCAAAUGUGAUUGAUGUAAAUUGAAAAGAAAUCUAUUUAUUCUCCAUCGUCGUUCUGAAGCCUAGUGUGAUACUACAGAAAUAUAAAAAAAUAGAAAAAAGUGUAGGGCCAUGUAAAAUAUAAGAAAAAUCUAUUUAGCAUUGUGGACACUUGUGUAUUUAAGUAAUGUCUAUUUGUAACUAUUUUAUCUUUCUCCUUAUUUAAAACUUUGGUUUGUGACGUGUCAAAUUUUGUAGAUCAAGUAAAUGAGCAACUUUGGUGUGUGAAUUUUCAUAAAUGCUAUUUUAUGUUGUAUGCAUACAAAAAAUAAGAAAUAUAUAAAUAUGUAUGUGGAUAAAUAAAGUCUAUUGCUCGUCACAGACUUGAA